GACGCCGAGAGGGGAGGUCCAGAUCAAGAGGGAAAAAGAGCAACAAAGAAAGGCCGACCCAAGGGACGGCAGAGUCCAGAGGGAAUCAAUCAACCAGCAUCGACCCCGGAUCGUCCGGAAGGGGGCGCCAGCGAGGUACCUAGCUCGCAUCGGCAGUAAUCGAAAAAUUCGGUGAUUUUCGCUCCCCGCCGCGGCCGAUCCUGACGAGAUGGAUUCCAGACUAUCGAGCUCGAAGGUCUAGUUCCGAGCGACGUGGGAAAGCUUCUGCCUGCGUGCGGACGAUGAUUUGUGGAUGAGAGAAUGGAUGAUGGAGAUGGAGAGGGUCUCGUAUUCCUAGCAGGACGUGGUUGUGGUCCCAAGAGUCCCAAGGAUGGCAGCCCGAGCGUUCAUAAUUGGGAUUGUUCAUUAUUUGAUUAUUUUCUCAGGCACACAUCAGGGUCUUCUAGUCUUAGUCUUGGUCUCCUCUUCCUGGCUUUCUCUUUCUCCUUCUCCUUCUCUUCCUCUCUCUGGGCCAUCUUCCGCUCCUUAGUUCUCUUCCUUCCACUUGAUUGCAUCGUCCGCACGGGAAUUCCAGCUCAUGCGGCGUCUAUCGGUCGCCCUUGCAUGACCGUCUCCCCUCCCCGGGCUCCAUUCCUGCUCCUUUCGUCCUGGAUUCUUGCCUUUCCUUUCCUUCUCGACUUUCCUGUGUCCUUUGAUUUGUCCGCUCGCCUCUCCAUUCCACGUCCUUUGACAUCACACCGGUUGUCUUCGCUCCUUUCGGCCUUUCGCCCCCCUCGACUGCGUCUGGAUUCACCUCUGCCGGGCGACGGCGAUUUAACCAUUCCCAUCCAUGCUCCCGCUCAACUGAUGGAGUCCCUUUCCUUCUAGUCCCAUCUCCCCUUCCAAUUUCCACUUCCAUUUUCCAUUACCUUUGGGACCCUUUCUUUGAUCUCCCCUUCGUCCGCAACCCCCCCAUUCCACGUUCCACCCAGGAUGGCCCCCCCGUCGGGAAAUCACCAUCGACGGCGGAGCUCCGUGCUGACGGGCGCUGGAGGCCCGUCACAGCCGCCCGCGACCGACCAAAGGGAUGAGCAUUCCCGAACCCCCACCGCCGAUGCUCCCAGUUAUAAUAAGCGGGAGGAC